GGUUAUAACCGGAGCGCGCGGCCCCGGCAUCCACCCGGACGCACCGCAGCGCCGCCAUGUCCGAGCGAGAGGCCUUCGACACCGACGUGGUCACCGUGACCCGCUUCGUGAUGGAGGAGGGCCGCAGGGCCGGCGGCACCGGGGAGCUCACCACGCUGCUCAACUCCGUCUGCACGGCCGUCAAGGCCAUCUCCAGCGCCGUGCGCAAAGCCGGGCUCGCGCACCUCUACGGCAUCGCCGGCAGCACCAACGUGACGGGCGACCAGGUGAAGAAGUUGGACAUCCUGUCCAACGACCUGCUCAUCAACCUGAUCAAGUCGUCCUUCACGUCCUGUGUUCUGAUCUCGGAGGAGAACGAGGAGGCCAUCAUCGUGGAGCCGGAGAGGAGGGGUAAAUACAUCGUGUGCUUCGACCCUCUGGACGGCUCGUCCAACAUCGACUGCCUCGUCUCCAUCGGCACCAUCUUCGCCAUUUACAAGAAGACCACAGACGACGAGCCCUGUGAGCAGGACGCCCUGCAGCCUGGCAGGAGCCUGGUGGCGGCGGGCUACGCCCUCUACGGCAGCGCCACCAUGGUGGUGCUGUCCACCGGCCACGGAGUCAACGGCUUCAUGCUGGACCCGGCGCUCGGAGAAUUCAUCCUCGUCGACCGAGACGUGAGGAUCAAGAACCGGGGGAAGAUUUUCAGCGUGAACGAGGGCUACGCCAAACACUUCGACCCGGCCGUCACAGAGUACCUGCACAGGAAGAAGUUCCCACAGGACGGCAGCGAGCCGUACAACGCCCGCUACGUGGGCUCCAUGGUGGCCGACGUGCACCGGACGCUGAUGUAUGGCGGGAUCUUCCUGUACCCGGGAACUGCCAAGAACCCCACAGGAAAGCUGCGGCUGCUGUACGAGGGGAACCCCAUGGCCUUCAUCAUGGAGCAGGCGGGCGGCCUGGCGUCCACCGGCUUCCAGGACGUCCUGGACAUCCAGCCCGUCAGCAUCCACCAGAAGGCGCCGGUGGCCAUGGGCUCCAGGGACGACGUGCUGGAGUUCGUCGCCCUCUGCAAGAAGCAUGCCAGGAAGUGAGGGACGGCCCGGCCCGGCCAUGCCCGGCGGCGCCGCGUCUCUCCACCGACACCGCAACAAAGACCUCCAUGAAGAAUUCAAGUGCCUUAAAGGAUCUGCCGGGAUCGCCACUCUCCUCCAAUCAGACGCUCUCGUCUGCCAGGACAGUCGCUCAAAUGCUUUGACAUGAAAAUUAAAAAUGGUUUCUUCUGAUUGACCUGCGCCGCUCGUCAUUUGACACCAGCCUGACCGUGCUGCCCUGUUCACCGGCGGUUCACGGCGAUGCAGGCGGGACGGCCGGUUCUGUUAGUGAGAGCAGCAGGAGGAAGGCGGCGAACCGUCAGUCAGUCCCCGGUUCCAGCAGAACCCGGAUCUAGAGCGCCGGCGCCGGAACGGCGUCCAGCCAUCGUCACAUCAUGAUCUAAAUCCAUAUUUUAUCACGAAAACAGGAACAAUCGGGCCUGAUUAAAGGAGAUUUUUAGAUUUUUUAAAAUAUUUUUAAGCAAUAAAAAUCUGAAGGGAAUUGGGAAAGUGUUCCGAUCCGACAGUCAGGACGGGAAUCCGGUUCCUGAGCAGGACCAAAGCCUCGUGGCUUCUGUUUACACUAGAGAGGUAGUUUUGAAGGAACCAGAAAAACAGGUUGUGAGGCUUUGUGAGGCGUAAGCCCGACGCCACCUCCUCACCUCAGCUCCCGCCGUGCCGUUGAGCCAGGCAGCAGCAGGUUGGAAGAAGAGCGAGAAAUCAAACCCUUUGUUAUCAUUAUCAUCAAGUGUCAAUAAAGCAGAACGUCUUCAGAGA